AUCAUUCUGAUUAAACAAGAAUUAUCCGGAAAGAUCUACCUUGUUCAUCCAUUCCCUUCUCUUCCAUCUCCUUUUUCGAUUUCUCCCCCGUUUCAUCUGACAUCUUUAGACAUGGAGCCUUUCUAUUUGUUUCGCAAAGGUUUUGGUUAGAGUUUAGCAUAACCCAGGCAUAUAACUUCUGCAUCAGUUUCCUUUAUAUACAUAGAAUUUGCUUUUUAUUCAUUUACGCGAAGAAUGAGUUUGUCCAAGAAAGGGACCCAGAGUAGUGACACCAAACCAAAUACUCCUAGCAAGGUAACAACUCUGAAUCCCAAUGCAGCCGAGUUUGUUCCCUUUGCUCUUAGGUCACCGUCUUCAUCAGGAAGCACCCAAGCAGCUGCUGCAAUAGCAACGUUCGCUACUUCUGGUACCGUAGGAAAAGCGGUGCUUGAUCGGUCAGGGUCUUCUGUUUCAAAUAAUUCUGAUGACGACGCUCAUCAGUUCUGGCAACACCAACUUCCCGAUGACAUUACCCCAGACUUUAAGGUUAUUAAUGAAGAUGAAUCUCAAGGAAUAGAAUCUGGGGGCCUCUCCUUAGAUGGUUUGUCCUUGCAUGAUGGUACCAAAGCCUCAAGGUUUCCUGCUGGCAGUGGAUAUGUAUUUGAUGAUCAUCAGGAAUUACUGCAUCACUACGGUAAUGGUAGUAAUUUAUCUGAAAAUUUGAGAUAUCCUGCUUCAUCUUACGGAGGGGAUCCUAUUUCAGCUAGUUUUUUGAACCCAUCACCCAAACCUUGGGACAAGAAACUUGUUAACAAUGAUCAGCCAAUUGGUAACGGGAGGGAAGGAAUACCGUAUAAUGGAAAUUCUAGACAUGCAUUCGUCAGUGAUAUUUUGGGUGAGCAAGCAAACAUGGAUGAUACUGAAAUGAGUCAUGUGGAUUUUUUGGCUUCUCUUCCCGGAUUUGCUGCUGAAAGCCUUGCUGAAGUUUAUUUUGCCAAUGGUUGUGACCUAAAUCUGACUAUAGAGAUGCUCACACAACUUGAGCUUCAAGUUGAUGGUGGUUUCAACCAGAACCUCAAUUCAAAGACAUUGUCAGCUCCCAAUCCAAGUACAACGGAUUUUCCUGCACUAACCGUGUCAGAUGGUCAGAGUGGUCCUUCAAAAUACGCAGGAGACGAUCUUCAAUAUAAUGCCAGUCCCUAUCGAUCUUCUGACAAGGACAAUCUGCUUAUGUUCAAAUCCAGUUCUUCCCUUCCAUCUAGAGGUGCCAUAGAUUUUGCAUCAGCUGUCAGGAAAAUGGCAUCUCAAGAUUCUGGAAUAUGGAAGUAUGAGAGAAAUGGUUCUGAUUCAACUGUUGGGUCAAGCAGAAGUCCUAAUGGUUCUGCUAAUUCCUACAGUGCAUCUGGAAGGGGGGUGUAUGCUAAUAGGUUGCAAAGUCGUGGUUCAGCUCGUACGGCUCCUGUUUGGCUUGAAACUGGAGAUGCAGUGGCAAAUUUGUACUCUGAACUACGGGAGGAAGCUCGAGACCAUGCACGUUUACGUAAUGCUUAUUUUGAACAGGCACGUCAAGCAUUUCUCAUUGGCAACAAGGCUCUAGCAAAGGAGCUUAGUGUGAAAGGACAAAUGCACAAUAUGCAUAUGAAGUCAGCACAUGGAAAAGCUCAGGAAUCUAUAUAUCAACAGAGGAACCCAGUUCCUCUAGAAAAUUUCAGAGGACAGGAGCGGAUGAUAGACCUUCAUGGAUUGCAUGUUACUGAAGCCAUACAUACACUGAAGCAUGAACUAUCAGUGCUGAGGAUUACAGCACGGGCAGCAGAUCAGCGCCUGCAGGUAUACAUAUGUGUUGGAACUGGCCACCAUACUAGGGGUUCUCGCACUCCAGCAAGACUUCCAGUUGCUGUACAACGGUAUCUACUUGAAGAGGGCCUUGACUAUACAGAACCGCAGCCUGGGCUGCUUCGAGUUGUGAUAUAUUGAAGCCAUGGACUUGACUGAGUUGAGGUAUAAGAGUUUUUGACACUAUAUAAAAGAAAACCAUCAUCUCGUAGUCACCAUAGUCGAUUCUUGUAUCUUUACAUGGGAAGAAAAUGGAAGAGAGAAGUUGAAGCUGAAAAAUAAAAUACAAAGAAAGGGUU